AUGGUUGAAGAUAGGAAGGUGAAGCUAGAAAAGGUUGGCACUGAGGAGAAUGUUGCAGAUGCAUUGACAAAUCCGCCAGAAAACAUUCUCCUGGAUGCUGAUUUCUCUCCAAAAGUGGCUGAUUUUGAGCUAGCAAAGCUUGUUGGCAGAGAUUUCAGCAAAGUGCUAACAACAAACAAGGAAACAAGAGGGUAUUUAGCUCCCGAGUGGCUUUAUGGCUUGCCAAUAACAGUGAAGGUGGAUGUAUGCAGUUUUGGCAUGACCCUGCUCGAACUGAUCUCAGGGCAACAAAAUAGUGACUUGAGCAUCCAGGACUCUCAGCACUACUUUCCGACUUGGGAAGCAACUCAAAUUAACAAGGGAAACACAAUCGACAUUGUGGAUGAAAGGAUUGCAAACAAGGCAGAUAUUGAAGAGGUGAGAAGAGCAGCUGUGGUGAGCUUUCUGUGCAUUCAAAUGGAUGAGAAUGAAUGA